AUGGCAUUGUGCCAAUAUUCAGAGCUUGUGGGAGGACCGUGUGGUCCUAGUUUAGAAAAUAGAUCUUCCACUCAUUGUGUAACAAUUGGAGAAUGCGAUAAGAACGUUAAAGAUCAUCUAAAUCACUACAAAGUGUGGGACACUAGCGUGAACUCUGAGGAAAAGCUUUUGCUGGCACAAGCAGGUAAUACUUAUAAUUUUAUUACAUGUACGGUACAAUCAGAAAUCGUGCACACUUGGUCUAGAUAUAUUCUUGUUUCAUUUGUUCAAACUCCCUGUUCAACGACAAUUAGGCAUAGUUGAUUCAGAUGUAGUAUCGAAACUUUUACAAGCGGUGGAAGGAUCCCCAUCUGACAGUGACCUAAAUUUCGUGAGGUUUCAGAUAGUGGAAUAAUAAUCAUGCUCGAUUUAUUUUUCAAGGUAUCUUUAAGGUGGAUGAUGUCAGCCGUGCCGUUACGGUAUGUCCAAGGCAUCGUGAAAGUUUUGGAAUCAGAUGGCGGUCCAAUAAAAAAAAGUUGCACAUGUCCAAUUGAAUGGGCGCUACACAAGACCGUAAAAGGAGACCGCAGAAACUCCUCGAAGGCGGAUGUGCUUCAAUAUCUAUUCAGGCCGAAGCGAUGUCUCAGGAGGGCAGCACACCGCUCCCAGUGGGUUGGGCCCUGAGCUCAUCUAAGAAGGGGAAUCGUUUCAGUGAUACCCAGAAACGUUACCUCAAAGACAAGUUUAUGAUUGGUCAAUAAGCAGGCUACAAGCAAGAUCCAGCAGUCGUAGCACAUGACAUGCGCUUCGCUCGAAACAAUAAAGGAGCAAGACUGUUUACUGUUCAGGAAUUUUUGACCGCCAGACAAAUCCAGUCUUUCUUCUCGAGGAGGGCUGCAAAAUUACGACGUCAGGGGCAGUCGACAUGCGAGACCAACCUGGAGCCUAAUGAUGACGAUAUAGCUGCAGCAGAAGAAGAACAGGCCUGCGAGGACAUUCGUACGCUAGUCCUUAGCGAAGUCCAGCUCCGCCAUCCUAUCGUGUUCGACACCUACAAUCUGUGCAAAGAAAGUAAGCUGAAUAAACUAAGCAUACCCAUGCUUCGGAAUGUCUGCGAUCAUUUUGACAUAAACAUGGAAGCCCGGCACUACUUCUGGGCGCAAAGCCCCUUACAUCGCAAAGAUAACAGAACUAGUUGA